UGAGUUCUGUUUGCAAUCCUGUGGGGGGGAGGGAAGAGGAAGGGAAGGGAGGAGGAUGUCUCGCAUUCCACCUCCUCUUACAUGUGAGAUUAGGCAAUACAUGAGUAAAGAGUAAAGCAGGCAGGUCUGUUAUACGGACUCAGAAAUGUCCUCAGCUGGGACGCCGCAGACUCCGGGCCAAGCUGGACCCUCAGCAACCAUUACGUAAGCAUUUCUGAAUAAUGAAGAUUACUUGUCCAUGCUGCUGAAAAGAUGGGCGUCAGGUACGUCAUGUUCUACCACAUAGCCCUUCUACUUGGUGUCCCUUUCUUCGUCUCCAGCAAUGAGAAACGCUGCAAGACUGUUGGAGUUAAUGUCUUUCUUAGUUCCUGUAAUUUCACUCAAAUUCCCUACCUGGCAAACUACACAAAAUAUGCUGAUUUAAGUGACAAUUACAUCCAGGAUUUAAAUUCACUGUCAUUUCCACUUCUGGAGGAAAUGUUUUACCUGCGUCUAGACAGUCAAAAAACUAAAAAGCUUACAAUACAGAAGAACAGCUUCAGAAAUUUGCCAAACCUCAAUACUUUAGAUUUGUCCUAUAAUGUAAUGCUGGUAUUGGAUCAAGAUGCAUUUGCUGGCUUGUCACAACUUUACAGUCUUUUGUUAACCUAUAACAAUUUAAACAGCUCCAUUCUGGAAAAUGACUAUUUUAAGGACCUACUUUAUUUAGAAACAUUGCAGCUGUCCUCUAAUCAGAUAACAUAUCUCAAACCCAACCCCUUGUUUUAUCGUUUGCACAACUUCAAUAUACUAAGCUUAAGAGACAACAAAAUAUCCAGACUUUGUGAGGGAGAUCUUUACAGCUUUGAGCUGAAGACGUUCACUCUCUUUGAUCUUUCAGGAAAUGAUCUAGGUUGGGUAGAAAUCAGUGACUGGAGCAAGUGUGGAAAUCCUUUUCGGAAAAUAAAUUUUAACGUAUUGGCCAUUUCUGAAAAUGGUUUCAAUGGUCAAGCAUUGAAAUCACUGAUCAAUGCUAUAAAUGGAACCAAAAUACAACAAUUACAACUUAGUUCUCACACAAUGGGUCCUGGAUUUGGCUUCCAGAACCUCAGGGAUCCAGAUAACUCAACUUUUGCAGGUUUGGUCAACAGUGACAUUAUGGCUCUAAACAUAUCAAGAGGAUCAAUCUUUUCUCUGAAGCCACUUUUGUUUGCAAAACUUUCCACCUUGCUAAGUCUGGACCUUUCAAAAAAUAAAAUAAAUCGUAUUGAACAAAAUGCCUUUCAAGGACUGUACCAACUUAUUUUUCUAUAUCUUUCCAGUAAUUUAUUGGGCGAAAUAUACGAUCAUACAUUUGAUGGUCUCACAAGCGUACUUGAAAUUCACUUAAAUGAUAAUCAUAUAGGGCCAAUCCAACAAAAUGCUUUUAAGAACCUUCUAGAUUUAAACUAUGUAGACCUGCGAGGCAAUGCCAUUCUAUCCAUAAUAUUUUGUGAAAGAAUACAUUUCCUAAAUUUUCUAAAUCUAAAAGAGAACAAGCUAAAAAAAAUUGACACCAAUGAAUUAAGAGCUCAAGUAAUUGACUUAUCAGAAAAUCAAUUGGAAGACCUUGGAGUAUUGUACAAGGUUCUACAGAACACCAAGCUUAAUGGCAUCUCCUUAAAACAAAAUCGAUUGUCUAACUGUUAUCCUUUCUACAAUAUCCCACCAAACAAUUCCCUCACAUAUCUGGAUCUUUCUAACAAUAUGAUACAUUUAAUUUGGAUAAAUGGGCAGUGCCUUGACAUGUUUCAUAAUCUUUCUGCUCUUCAGUAUUUGUAUCUCUCCAACAACCAUCUCCAGUUUCUUCCAGAUGCCCUUUUUAUGGAACUGACUUCUCUCGAAUUCCUUAACUUGUCAUCUAACUUUCUAAGACAUCUAACACCUGGCGUUUUCCCUGAGGGCCUGAUAACUUUAGAUAUUUCAAAGAACCAGCUACUUUCACCAAACCCAGAGAUUUUUUUCACUUUGAAGAAUCUUACCAUUGGCUUCAACCAAUUUGUUUGUGACUGCACCCUUGUAAAUUUUUUAAUAUGGUUAAACCAAACUAACACUACUGUGAAAGAUUCUCCUGAUAUUUUUUGUGCCUAUCCUGAACCUUUUAUGUACACAUCUCUUUAUAGUAUGACUUAUGAAGACUGUGAUGAAGAAUUAUUGUUAAAGCAUCUUAGGUUUUCCUUGUUUGUUUUUACCUCUAUUGCCCUUGCAAUCUUUUUGACCUCUGUGAUUACGUACAAACACUUUCGAGGGGUUUUCUUUGGUCUCUAUAAAAGCAUGGUAUUCUCUCUGCUUCAAGAAAAAAUCCAAGAAGAAAAAAUACACAAAUACGAUGCCUAUUUGUGUUACACUCAAAAGGAUUUCCACUGGGUGGAAAAUGUUUUUCUAAAAAACCUGGACUCUGAGUACUGUGAAAGGAACCGAUUCAAUCUGUGUUUUGAGGAAAGAAACUUUAUACCUGGGGAAGAUCAUAUUGUAAAUAUUCGCGAUGCUAUCUGGAGCAGCAAGAAGACCGUUUGCAUUGUGACAAAGCAAUUUUUAAAGGAUGGGUGGUGUGUGGAAGCAUUUAAUUAUGCUCAAAGUCGCUAUUUUACCGAUCUGAAGGAUGUACUUAUCAUGGUGGUGGUUGGGUCACUCUCAGACUACCAACUAAAAAAAUUCAAACCAAUAAGGACUUACAUACAAAGGUGUCAGUAUUUGAAAUGGCCAGAGGACUACCAGGACAUAGACUGGUUUCUAAGCAGACUUUCCUACAAAAUAUUGAAGGAUGAAAAAGUAGACAACAAAGAGGUCAAAGUUUCAUCAGUGACGACUACGAUGGAGCUACAGCAAAUAGUAGCAGUUUCCUGAGUUGCUCACUUAUGAACCCAUGUUGCUGACCAGCUCAUAAAACUGUAGCAUCUAAGGAAAGAUAGGCUUAAAAGCCUACAGGUUGCAGGCCCCAAAUGUUACCUUAGUAAGGUAAACCAAGAAAAUCUGCUGGUGGUUAAGGUAGUUUUGAAUCUGUGCAUCAAUUUUUACCACUGCAACUUAAAUGCCCCAGCCUACUCAGUACUCUACUGUAUCUUAGUGGACACAAAGUUGUACCACUAAACAGUCACUUAAAGCGGGGUUCCGGGCAUAAUUGUUUUUUGCAAUAUAAACGUAAUUACAGUGAAUAUUCCUUAAAACAUAUUGAAAAAUCACCAUCCGUACAAA